UGAAAUUUGCGGUCACACUGCAGCCAACAAAACAUUCAUAUAAAUAAUAAUAAAGCGCAGCGCACGGCCCUGAGGCGUCGCCAAAACAACGUCAACGCAAUGGGUUUUCCGCGUAUUCUGAGCAAAAAUAACAAGAUAUAUACGAAACUGGGCGAGUUCUGUUUGUCGGGCGACAGUUUCUGGAUUGUCUGCCACACUUGCCAGGAAGAGUUGCAAACGCAGGACGCCUUCUGGAAGCACAUACAAGAUGAGCACAACUUUCUGCAUGGGGUUGCCAAGGAGCACAGUCGUACCUCUAGCUAUUGCUUGACGGAAGUGGAGGCAGCGGCGGCCACCAGCGGUGCCACAACGUCGCAGGCGGGGCCGGGCAGUGUGACAGCGGUGUCGGUACCGUUGGCGCUGUACCAUUGUGCCACCAAAUACAGUGAGGAGGAGCAACGUGAGGUGGCAGCCGCUGUGGAGAUGCAUGAGGCACAACAACAGCAGCAGCAACAACAACAGCAGCAGCAACAUCAACAGCAGCAACAUCUGCAGCAGCAGCAUCGCGAGGCCAAAGACUUGGCUGAGCUGCACGCUGUGGCAGCAGCAGCAGCGGCUGCCGCCGCCGGCGGCGAUGGCAGCUCGCGCAACAGCAAUAGCAAUAAUAAUAACAACAACGGCAGCAGCGGCAUCGAUAUCAAAGUGGAGCCCAGCAGUCUGGUCACGCUGACAACCGAAAUGCAGGCAGCUGCUGCUGCAGCAGCGGCGGCGGCAGCCAACAGCACCACUAUCUACCAUCUGUCGCAAGUGGUGCCAGCGCCGCCGCCACCGCCGCCCACACCGAAUUUCGUCAAUGUAGGCACCUCCACCAAUGCCACCAGCAACAGCAGCAGCAGCAACAACAACAUCAUCAACAACAACAGCAGUAGCGGCAACACUGUCUGCUCAACGCCCCCGCAUGCCGUUCAACUUGCUGGUCCCGUUCCCUUGCCCGUUCCCGUUGCCAGCAGCAAUAUCGUGAUGCAACAGGCAUGCAACACGCUGGGCAUGCCGCUGCUUACGACGCAAACGGACCUUGCCCCCAAAGACUCGAACAGCACAACGGCGAGUGCCAGCAGUGCGGUGUCCUCGGAUGACGGCGAGCGUUGGUACAUCUGCGAUUAUGGUGCCUGUGGCUUGAAAUUUAAGUACAAGUCGCGCAUGGAACUGCAUCGCGUGGUGCAUAGUAAGGAGCGGCGUUUCAACUGUGAUAUGUGCAGCGCCUCCUUCAAGCAGUCGUGUAAUUUGUCCACGCAUCGCAAAAAGAAGCACGCGCUUAGGGGCAUCAAAAGCGAUCUGUUGCCGCAGCGCUUCUAGGCAGCGCUUCCUAUCAGUGCAAUCAAUGUGCAGUGUGGUUAGUGUGUAGUUGUCAUCUCUUCCCGCAUCCCCAAAUCCUCAAUCUUGAAAUCCCCAAUUCCCGACUCCUUUUGUACGCGUUUAUUUCUAAAUUAAGCCACAGAGUUAUGAAUAUCGAUUUAAGUUUAGCAUACAACUAUACUAUACUAUAUAGAUAGUACUGCACAAGCACUCACGUACGUCUAUAGUUAUAGAUAUGUGUAAAGUUUAUCCCCCAUCCCUCUCCCAAUAGACGCUAGGCAGUAUGUAAAGUGAGGUUAUGUUAACCUCAACGGGCAAUUAGCUGGGCCUGCGAAUUGGUUUGACGUACUUAAGCCGAUUUCAGACUAUGCUACAAUAUACAAUAUAUAUAUACAUAUAUACAUACAUAUGUUACGAUCUAGAUGUACAUUCAAUUUUUAUGUAGUAGUUAAGAUGAUUUUUGCGGGGAAGCAAUUUAAAGUUAAGUUAAGUCACCAUUCUACUUUAAGCAGCCAUCUUGAAAGUGAAAAACAAAAGAUAACCAGUUUUAAAACCAAUAGUCAGUUGUUAGCAAUUGCUUAGUACAUAAAUGCAUAUAGAAAAAACAUAUAUAAUUAUAUAACAAAACGAUCGAUCAAUCCAACAACAAGAAUAAAUACCUUUCUGAUU